CCCGGGACGCAAAUGCAAGUGGAUAAUCAAUGAUCAGGGGCAAGAAGAACGAAAACCUAGGAAAUUGGAAACUGCAACACAUAAUUCAAUUGCAUAUUUAUAGUUUUGAUACUUGUUGAAUCAUAGACGAUAAUAGUGAAUGUUACACAGAAAAUUGUUUAAAAGGGUGAAAAAUAACGAAGACAUUUAUAUGAGAAAUGAAAUAAAGAACACUUUAAGUUGCUAACCUCAAUCUUACACGUAAUACACCGUCUUCAGUAGAUUCACUUCAAGAUGUUUCAAAACACUAAACUGCUGUUAAGAAUAGCUCUGUUUGGCGCAUUUGGCGUGAGUGCCUUUGGAAUUAUGACAGAAUAUCUUAUUCAAAACAAUGUACGCAAUUCUAUGUGUUACAAAGAGGCUCUGAAAUAUUUGUGUGAUCAUCCUGAAGCAAAAAGACAGCUGGGGCCACCAAUUGUAGAUGGUCGUAUCAAUCUGGGAGAUACAGUUGGUAACAGUUCAGAAGGAAACAAAAUCUGGUAUACAGUGCCAGUAAGAGGACAAAAAUCACAUGGAAAAAUGAUGUACUACGUUACCGACGUUAAUGAAUCAGAUAGAAAAUUUAAAGUCACUAGAGUAGAGCUCGAGCUGAAUCAUAUAAAAGAUAAGAAAUUGCUCAUUAAAAACGCAGAAUUGGCGUAAUUUGAUAAAUAUAUCAUUAGACAAAUUAUUUUAUACGUAUUUUAUUAUUAGGUUGAAAAUAUUUAAAUUUUCAACUCAGAACUCCUUUUUGACGGUAAUCUGCUUUAAAUUAACCAUGGAAUUAAUAUUUUUCAUAUGAUUCAUUUCGAAGGUAAAUGUUCCAAUUUUAGCGAAUGUAAGGAUUUGUGGGGCGUAUUUUGCUCGUAAAAGUAUUUUAAAUCUUAUGUAUCGAGGAAAGUUCCUAAUACCACAUAGUUUGAACAUUUUUUCAUUAAUAUUUUGUCUGCUUAUCGAUAUAAAUAAACAUUUCUUACUGAAUAUUAAAUAAUA